GAUGAGAGAAGCGCAUGUGGACCGACCCAAGCGGUCCUCGUGUCCACGGUGUUGGGCUUUUGUAAUUUCCCGCCUUACACACAUUAAUUAUUAUUAUUUAUUGUUUUCUGUAAGCAGAACUCUUUCUUCAGACGGCUGAGGGCAGCAAACUGUCAGAUCAAGCUGAAUAUUCUACAAAUAUGUGAAUGGAUACGAAAGCUCCAGAAACAUAUUAGUUAUUUAAACUUUUAGAUUAGAUUUUUUUUGUCUUGAUUUACGUCAGAAAAACACUCAGUAACCAGUGUAAGCUGUUAUUUAUUCAUGUUAACAACAGCAGGUCCACAUUGCCGUGGUCCAUGCGAGCUCAGGAAGAGUCUAGUUGCACCCGGGCCAGUGUCAGGAGCUAUUUAUGUUGACAUGCCAUUCAUUCAGCUAAAAAUAAACAUACACAUCCACUGGCCCUUUUAAAAUGUCAUUGCAAACAACCUGUUGCAAUCAGCAUAGAAUCAUUGUUGUACCAAAAUCUCCACAAGCUAAUUAAACAAAUUCCUGCCAGGAAAAAAAUCUUUCUCUCAUUGCAAUAAAUAUACAUUUGGCUUUUUUUUAUGAGCUUUCUCCCAGGGUGCUUCUGUCAUCUUGAUCCAACUUCAGCUGAACUGAGACACAGUUGGACGCCAGUUAAACAUGUCAUCAUCUUAUGCAGCUGCUAUAUCAGCACUUAUUUCAACCAACUAUUCUAAUCCACCCAUCAAACCCAUCAAGCCCAGCCCCAAACGCUCCAUAGAAAAAAUAGAGAGUUCAAAACCCAGCAAGGACCUCCGCCGCCCUCCAGCUCCACAGAAUCUCCCUCAUGCACCGGAGCUGGGAUCUUACGAUGAGCAGCAGGAGAAUCCUGCAGACUACGACAUAGGUGGUUACUAUCCCGUAGAGAUCGGAGACGUUUUUGUUGACCGUUACCAAGUUGUUAAGAAGUUAGGAUGGGGUCAUUUCUCCACUGUCUGGCUUUGCUGGGACAUGGUGACGAAGCGUUUUGUGGCUCUGAAGGUGGUGAAGAGCGCUCCAACCUUCACAGAGACGGCACUGGAUGAGAUCAAGCUUCUGAAAUGUGUAAGGGACACCGACCCCAAAGAUCCUAAACGUGAGCGAGUUGUGAAGCUCAUGGAUGACUUCAGGAUCUCUGGAGCCACAGGAGAGCAUGUGUGUAUGGUUCUGGAGGUUCUGGGCCAUCAGCUGCUGAGGUGGAUCGUUAAAUCCAGCUACACCGGCCUCCCCCUCCGCUGUGUGAAAAGCAUCCUCAGACAGGUUCUGCAGGGUUUGGAUUACUUGCACACUAAAUGCAAGAUUAUCCACACAGACAUAAAGCCAGAAAACAUCCUCCUGAGUGUGGAUGAUGCUUAUAUUGAGAAGCUUGCAGCCAACACCAGGCUGUGGGAGCUUCCUGCGUCUCCUGCUCUCAGCAGCCCAGUGAACAGAGGCUCUGGAGGAAAACAGAGCUGGUUCAACUUGUUGGGGAGGCUGACGGGAGCUUUCCACAGUCUUGGAGAAUGGUCCAGCAAGGUCUCCGUGAGUCCCAUCAAGCGUCUGGCGGGGAGAGACAGGAGCCGGGGAGGACAGAAGAGUCCGUCUGAGCACAAAGAAGACGGACGCCAUGUGUCCUUCUCUGAUGCUGCAGCUCCUUCAAGCACACGUAGCUCCACUUGUGGCUCAAAGCUCUCAGGUCCUGAGCUCAAGAUAAGGAGGCAAAGUUUGCUGUUUGAAGACAGACUGGACUCUGCUGCAGGAAACCUCAGAGACGUCACCAUCUCAUUGCCAAACCUCAGUACAGAUGCUUCUGUCUCGGGCUCCAGAUCAGUGUUGUUACAUCAGACUCCACCUUCAUCUUCCUCAGCUGGCGGUAUCAGUGACCCAGAUGGACUUCUGGACCUACUGAAGCCUCAGAAUGCCGACAAAAUCCUCAUCAAGAUUGCUGACCUGGGCAAUGCCUGCUGGGUGCACAAACACUUCACUGAGGACAUUCAGACAUGUCAGUAUCGUUCUGUGGAGGUCCUGAUUGGUGCCGACUACGACACACCAGCUGACAUCUGGAGCACCGCCUGCAUGGCUUUUGAGCUGGCCACAGGAGACUAUUUGUUCGACCCUCAGUCAGGAGCCGCAUUCUCCCGCGAGGAAGAUCACAUUGCCCACAUCAUCGAGCUACUGGGACCUCUUCCAUCCCAGUUUGCCCUCUCUGGGAGAAAAUCCAAACGAUAUUUCAACCGUAAAGGACAAUUGCGACACAUCUCGAAGCUGAAACCGUGGAGCCUGCUGGAGAUCCUGCUGGAGAAGUACGAGUGGCCGCGAGAGGAAGCCGUCCAGUUCAGCUCCUUUCUCUCCACCAUGUUGGAGCUGCUGCCCCAGAGAAGAUCCACAGCUGCUCAGUGUCUGAAACACCCCUGGAUCGCCUCCGACUCAUGUGGUCCAGAGGCCAGCGGACUGUCUCUGUGACAUGGGACGUGUAGCUUGGUGCUGGCAUCAUGAAGAACAACUCUAUUAAUAUUACCACAUCCUGAUGAGGAGUUUUCCUACAUUGGUUGUUUUGUCCUGUAUUAUUUGAAUGGCUGCCUAUUUCAGGCACAGCAAUGACCAAAGAGAAGGGAGAAGUGUGUUAGACAGACUCCUGACCUAUAAUGAGCUGACAUAGAUUGGUUUUAUCGAUGGCAAGUCUAAUGAAGAUCUCUCCUGAAAAGGUUGAGAUAAAACAGUCUGAGGCAUUUAUGGAUUUACUCAAACAGCUCCAGUUGAGGCUCGAAGGAUUACUCUGAUUACUCUGUUGUUCCAUCAGAAACAAAUAACAGAGUAUGAAAACAACUUCAUUUUUGGAGAAAAGGAGAGAAUGACACCAACAUGGAAAUGGAGUGUUUAGAUAAUGAAAUGAGUCAUAAUAACAUGCCUUAAAAAGAGCACUAUCUACCUAAUAAACCACUAC